ACCGCGUUUCCGGUCGUGCCCGGUGCGGAGCGGGAGGAGCCGGGCCGGGGAGGCGGCGGGCAGGAUGUCGCGCCAGGCCGGCCGCGGCACCGAGAGCAAGAAAAUGUAUUGGUAUUUACCAUUCAUUUCACCUUCCGCCUCUAUGCAUCUCAUGAACUCGGAGCUCUUCACGCUGACGUACGGCGCGCUGGUCACCCAGCUGUGCAAGGACUACGAGAAUGAUGAGGACGUCAACAAGCAGCUCGACAAAAUGGGUUACAACAUUGGCGUUCGGCUCAUAGAAGACUUCCUGGCCCGGUCCAACGUUGGAAGAUGCCAUGAUUUCCGUGAAACCGCAGAUGUUAUUGCAAAGAUAGCGUUUAAAAUGUACCUGGGCAUCACUCCAAGCAUCACCAACUGGAGUCCUGGAGGCGAUGAGUUCUCCCUGAUCUUGGAAAAUAACCCCUUGGUGGACUUUGUGGAGCUGCCUGACAACCACUCGUCUCUCAUUUAUUCCAACCUGCUGUGUGGAGUGCUGCGGGGCGCCCUGGAAAUGGUGAGCCAGCAUCGCUCUUCCACUUGGAUAGAUUGAUGGAUAACCAAGGUUCAGAUGGCUGUGGAUGUAAAAUUUGUCCAGGACACGCUGAAGGGUGACAGCGUCACAGAAAUAAGAAUGAAGUUCAUCAGGCGGAUUGAAGACAAUCUUCCAGCUGGUGAAGAGUGAAGCGCAGCCCGGCCUGCCCUUGGGGCCGGAGGGGACCAGCUGGUUUUUGCCAUUAGCUUUUGUCACGGAUCUGUAGGGAUAUAGUGCUUUCGUCGCAGAUCUGUACAGAUCUGGUGCCCCUGUACAUUCGGACUGACUCACUGACUGUUUAAGAUGUUCUUAUAUUCUUCUACUGUUCCUUCCCAUCUUGCAUAGAAGACAAUUGUCUGGUUGCUGUUUAUUUCACAGGUUCAUUCUGAAGCUUUUUCAUAGGAUGAUGUUGUUUUCGUAUUCCCUUGGGGACUCUUUGUACACUCAAUUUCUAAUUGUGAUGUUGGGUUGUGCGCGAACUACUGCUCGGACUCGAGAAGAGCUCCGGUCUCUUUAAAUAUGAAUCCAUGUUUUAUUACCAGAAUUGGAACCCAAGCUGUGAGAGCCCACAUAUUUCCUGUUAAAAGAGGGGUUUAAAAUUCACUCGGAGAUAAGCACGUAGUAUUUCUGUAGACCAAACUGUAGACCAUUUGAUGCUGAAAUUAUCAGUAAACCACAAGCUUGAUCCAAAAGGGUGUUUGGAAAAGCUCUUGAGUGCCGGCACCUGGGUGAGGAGGCUCCUUUUAUCGGAAAGCAGUGGCCUCGCACAGUGCCAGCAGGUUCAGGAGGUCCCGUGGGCUGCACCUUUCUGCAGUUUCUCUCCCCAGCAGCUUCUCAACUCCCCUCAUUGAAGGGAGAACCGGUACAGUGGAGCAGCAGUGAAUAUCCUAAAUGGAGAAAAGGAAAGCGUGGCUAAAAUGCAAUGUGUACGGCCCAGGGGCCACAGGGUGAGUCCACCGAACGCAAGCCAGAGCUCAGACAAACACCUGGGAGGCAUUAGACUCGUUGCAGCAAGUAGCAUGUUCUCCUGUUACGGCAGACAAACACUGCGCAGUGUGAAGGUGGUGCUGGGGGUAUUUGCACAGAUGUUAAGGCUGCAGCGGAAUUUCCCGUGUUGCUCGAAUUGGCACGCUUCGGCCGCCUGUGGCACCUGCUGUGCUGGAGCUGAGAAAGCAAGAUAGUGGAAAAUCAACUUCCUCUGCUGUCCUGUUCAGCCAGAAAAUGCAGUCAGGUGUUGGGUUCUCGAGUCACUUUACAUAGCAUGAAGGCACCGAUCCACGGAGAACCAGGAGCUUAAAGUCGAUGGCUCUUACUCCUUCCCACAGGAACCAGCAGCUCCUAUACCUCUGUAGGUUUAUGCCUGAGUGUAAGGUGAGAGAGAAAGCUGCCGCUUGUUCUCAUUCUCCAGAUGAACGUUGGGUCAUCUGGACUCCGAAUGGCUCACCCGGUCCCUUCUUUUCCCCAACUGAGGCCCUUUGGUGGGAGAGUUUGGGUGUCUGGUGUGAUUUCUGCCCAGUGGAGCGGCAGUGAGCUGCGGUAAAAGGCAACCGGAGAGCGAUAUCGAGGAACAGCAGAGAGUGGGGAUUUUGGAGGCAGAGGUGCCACACAGUCAUGUUGCAGAGGUGAAAAAGCCCCAUCGUUUCUCAUCCUUGACCACGAUAAGUCAUUUCAAGGCUGCCAAUUGCAUUAAAAGAAUC